CUGGGCCGCGGGGCCGCCCGCCGUCGCGGCCGCUCUCGUCCCGACCCCGAUGGACCCGGCUGGGUGUUGUGAAGAUGAGAAAAGAAGUGAAGCGAAUCCGAGUCUUGGUUAUCCGAAAACUUGUGCGCAGCGUGAACAGAUUGAAAGCAAAAAAGGGAACUGAAGAUGCACUGUUAAAAAACCAAAGACGGGUUCAAAGAUUGCUUGAAGAAAUCCAUGCGAUGAAGGAACUAAAACCAGAUGAAGUGACUAAAUCUGCUCUUGGUGAUGACAUCAACUUUGAAAAGAUCUGCAAAAAGCCAGAUUCUACUGCAACUGAAAGAGCAAUUGCCAGACUAGCAGUGCACCCACUUCUUAAGAAAAAAAUAGAUGUACUGAAAGCUGCUGUCCAGUCCUUUAAAGAUGCAAGACAGAAUGCUACUGAAGUUCAGCCAUCAGAGACGACUUCAGAAGAAAAUUAUUCUCAGAGCACUUUGUGUUCAAAUGAUAAACAGCAGCAUGAGAGGACCGUUACAGGUGAGCAGAAGGACAAGGAAGCCAAAGUAUCAGCAAAGAAACCCACCAGUGACUCAAAAGGAAAAGUGGCCAAGGUACAACCUGGACCAAAAGCAGUGGACAUUUCAGCUUCCCCAUCAAAGCCUUCAGGAAAAGGGUCUCUUUGUCCCCCUGGAUGCCAGAAGACACCUGCUGAGCCCAGACUGAAAUCAGCAAGUGAGAGUUCAAAGAAGGAAGUAUCUGAGCACUCACUCAGUGGCAGCAGUGAGUCUGAGGAGGAGGAAAAGGAGUACUUUGAUGAUAGCACAGAAGAAAGGUUCUACAAGCAGUCCUCCAUGUCUGAGGAGAGUGACAGUGGUGAUGACUUCUUCAUUGGGAAAGCCAGGCUGACAAGAAAGAAGCAAAGUGGCCCCCACUCUGCAGCUAAGGAGCAAAGACCUCCCCAAAAGAUGGAGCAACCCACCGAGGAUGAGCGUGCAGCCCCUUGGGGUAGAGGAGGUAACCAAAGUAAGCCAGCAACAGAAGCCAGGAAGUUAGAAUCUGUGUUUUUCCACUCAUUAUCUGGAUCUAAAAGCUCCAGAAGGGAUUACAAAGAACAAGCUCCAAAGAGCAAAAUCUCAGAUUUCUCAGAAAACAAAGCUCAGGUGAAGAGUCGGUUUAAUAAACAUGCCCUGAGAGGACCUGAGACCACCAGAGCUCAUUCACAGCUCCCGCUUCACCCAUCCUGGGAAGCCAGCAGGAGGCGGAAGGAGCAGCAGGCUAACAUCACCGUGUUUCAGGGGAAGAAAAUCACAUUUGAUGAUUGAUGGCUUUCUCUCUAGACCUUACUUCCUGUUUUUUCUUACUAUUCUAUUAUAAUAUAAACGUUAAUUGGAAUAAAUGUCUGGGAAGGUUUUA